CCGCCCCUCUCCUCCCUUUUCAUUCCACACACACCACCAUCACUGCAGCAGUCGUCUUCCAUCCCCAACUCUCUCCCUCCCUCUGUCUCCGAUUCUUGCAGUUAUUAACGCUUCAGGUUGAGAGGGGCUAUGUCGGAUUCGCUUCGUUCCCUUUACCACUUCUUUGGAGAAUUCUGUUGAGGGUAGCUUCCGGUUCCAGGAGAUAUCCAAGUUCCGAAGUAACUGCAAGGAUUUGGAGAUGAGGCGGCACAACAAACUAAGCAAAUUUAUUUCUUCCAUUAGGACCCAUGUCCAUCGAGGGAACACUGAGAAACUGGAGAACAAGAACGACACUGAGAAGAAUGUGGAGAGGAUCCUCCAGCUCAUAACUGCAGAAGAAAGUGAUACAGUAUCUUUUAAUUCAGUAAACAAGUCUGAACUAACUUCUCUUAUUAAGGAUAUUCAUAAAGGUUAUCAAGCUUUAUAUGGCUGCUACGAUGAGUUGACAGAGAAACUAAAGAAGAAAUUUCGCCAAAAGGAAGACAAUGGCAACUUUUCAGUUAAUUCUACAUCAGACAGUUCGGACUCCUCAGACUCACCAGAUUCGGAGUCAGAACUUUCCACGAAGAACUCAGGCAAGAAUCACGAAGGGGAAGCCAAAGCAGACAUCUCUUUGGAACAUUACACUAACUUGCAGGAGCAACUUGAAGGUGCAAUUAGGAGAAACCAUGAGCUUGAGGCUGAAGCUGCCUCAAUGGUUGCAAAGAUCACAAAUCUUGAAGGUGUUGAUGUGUUGGGAGAAACCGAAGACAUGAACAGAAUAUUGGAAAAUCAAAUCCACAUUAUGCAAGAGAAUAUUAAGACAUUACAAUCUGAGAACAGAGAUCUCGAGCAAAAGUUAGAGGCUUCUGUUAAGCAACACCAUGAGUUGAAUCAAAGCAUAUGUACCAUGCAUGAACAAAUUGAAAUUCUAAUAUCAGAAAAAAUGGAAGCAUUGAGCAAGUUACAAGAGUCGGAAAAAUACAUCGAAGAACACAUAUCUGAAAUCAGUCAUUUGAAGGACAAGAUAAUGACGAUGGAAUCCGAUAACAUGAGUUUAAAGCAAGAGUCAGAAAAACAAGCUCAAGAAUUGGCUUAUCUAAACCAGAAGAUUGAUGAUAUAGAUAAAGAAAAGGAAGCAAUCUUAUCAGAGAAUUUUGAACUUGUGAGCAAGAUAAAGGGGACAGAGAAAGCUUUGGCUGACCAGAGAGAUGAAGCUAACCUAAAUCUGAAAUCAGCAACUGAUGAUUUAUCAUCCAAGAUAACACAAUUGUUGUCUGGAAACGAAAUGUUGAAGCUUGAGCUGGAAGCUGCUAAUAGAAAUGGACAUGAACUGACCAGCAGAUUGAGAGAUGCACAAGAAGAGAAUGGAGCUUUGAAUUCUGAGAUUGAUGAUCUAAAAACGAAAUCAGAACUGUUGAACAAUGAAAAUACCAGAUUGCUGAAUGCAAUCCAUGUUUCGAACAAGCAACUAAAAGAUAAAGAAGCCGAAAAUAGUGAUUUGGCAUCACGACUUAAAGAGGCCAUGCAAUUGGCCGAAGAAGGACAGCAAAAAGUGGAGUUGCUUUCUCUGGAAAUAGAGGAGGUGAAGAGGAAGAGCUCCCAGGCAUACGAAGUCCUCGAGAUGGAACUUCAAGCAAAAGAGCAGGAAGAGACCAAGUUGAAACAGAUUUUGGAAGCAACAAGCGAUGAGAAGCUUGUGCUCAUCUCAGAAAAUGAAGAACUAUCUGCCAAAGCUAAGUUAUUUGAGGGAGAGAUCACUGAUCUCAAAUCUCAGAGAGAUCAGCUAGAGAUUGAGAAAUCAGAGUUACGAGUGCGAGUAGAAAAUCUGGAUGCUGAAUUGGAAGCAACCAAAGUCCAACUGAUUAAUGCAGAAAACAAACUUGAAGCUGCUGGUCAACAAAUAGAAAAGUUGACAAUGGAGAAUUCGGAGCUAUUUAGUAAGUCAGAGAUAGAAGGGAUUCAGAUAAAAGAUCUACAACAUUUGCUGGAGCAUUUGAAAGAGGAGAACUCAACCUUGAAUGAAAACAAAAGGCUGCUACAGGAGUCUGAGAAGAUUAUUGAGGAUUUGACGGUUCAAAUAGAGCAGUUAAAAACUGAUAAUGGUCAAUUACAAAAUCAGGUUAAUGAUUCAAGUCAUGAAGUAGAACUGGCCAACCACAAACUGAGUGAACUUACCAAACAAAUUGGAGUUCUUGAGGAAGAAAUAUGUACAUUGAUCUCAAAAUUGGAGCAGGCAGAGGCAUCCAUCAGGAAGCAAGCAGAUAAGCUGGAAGCGUUCACCGAAGAGAACUCUACUCUACUGCAAAAAAAUAUGGACAUGCAUGAGAGGAACUCUGAUCUGGAUUCAAAACUGGAAGAUCAGAUGAAAGCAGUAAGAGACGGAUGCUUGGAAAUUUUGAAUUUGGCGAACAACUUUGAUGAUGAGGUGACACAAAAAGUUACCGUACAGGAAAGGUUGCUGCUAUUUCUGAAAAGUAGCUUGAAUGAUUUGCAUGAGGAGUGUAAGCAACUUAAGUAUCGGUUUCAUGAGUCGUGUCAGAAGCUAGAGGUUGCCGAGGCUGUCGGCGAAGAGCGGAUGAAAGAAAUAAAUAAGUUGGUGGAGAGUGUUAAAGAACUUCAGGUAAACCAUAACGUUUCGGAAGCAGAAAGAGCAGUAAUUAUCAAAGAGGUUGCCGGCCUUAAGGGCCAAUUGGAAACCCAGUCUUGCUUAUUUAAACAGAAUCUUAAAAUUACAGAAACAGAAUACAGAGAGAAAGAAGCGAAGCACAUGAAGAUGAUUGCAGAGCUGCAAUGCAAUGUUAAAAAGUUGGAAAACGAGACCAGGAUAAUGUCUGCAGAGCUCACGGGAACAAUCGAAGCUGUUGGGUCCGGGGUUUCAGAUUUCUGCCAGGGACUUGAUGAGCUAGAAUCGGAAUUUAAACAGAAACAUUGUGGGAUAGAAAGGCAGCUAGCCUGGAUCACAGUGGAUGCGGAGAUUAUGAAGACAAGGUUACGCCAGAAACUGUAUGAAAAGCAAGAAAUGAAUGAGAAGUUACGAGACAUGGCAGUGAGAUUGAAGGAAAGCGAGGAGGGAAUGGCAGCUCUGAAGCACAAGGCAGAGGGUCUGAGGGAUCGGUUAGGUGAGAAGGAAAAGGAGAUGGAGAAAGUGUCAUGGAGGAGCAUCGAAACCGACAGGAGGCUGGAAGAACUGGAGACGGCAGUGAGGGAAAAGGAAGAGGAGAUAGUGGCCAGAAACAAGGAGAAACUGGAGGCAAUAAAGCAGCUGAGCCAGAUGAUUGAUUACCAGCACGAGAAGUACAAUCAACUUGGUGAGUACUUGGUGAGGCUUAAACCCAGCAACAAUAGGCGUCGCUUGUAGAGUCCCCCGGCUCGGCUAUUAUGUUUUGGGUAGAUGGAUUGUUUGAUUUCUUACUCUUAUCACCAUGUACAGAGUGAAAGAGGAGUACUACUGCUACUGGGGUGAUUA